AUGAAGAGUGUAGUGAGGAAAGUACAGAGUAGAGAGAGGCGUGGUAGUACGGGCAGCAUAGAGAAGGAUAAGAAAGGAAAGAGUGGGAUAGAGGAGCGGCAGAGGACAGAGAGGUGGGGAAGUGUAGAUAACAUAAAGGAUUAUUCGAAGAGGAAGAGAGGGAUGUCGGGAGAAGAGAAAGGAGAGGGGGGGGACAAGGAUAUAUUCAAGCGGAGUAAUAUAAUAAGUAGGUCACCACCGGGAGGAGGGGACAAGGGGGGGGAUAUGAGCUUGAUGUUUAAGGAAUGGAGGGAGGAGAUGAAAGAGGAGAUGAGAGAAGGAUUGAGAGGGAUUAAAGAGGAAGUAAGGAAAGUAGCGGAGGAACAAAAGGAGGAGCUUAGAAGGGAAGUAGAAAUGUUAAGAAAGGAAUUGGGCAUGAGGGAGGAGACGUGGAAAAAGGAGAGGGAAGAGUUGAAGGCAAAAAUAGAAAAAAUAGAACGAGAAUUGGAGGGGGGGAAAAUAAGGAAGGGAAGAGAAAGAGAGGUUGGACGAGGAGUGAUAGAAAAUGGAAAGGAAACGGAUAAGAAUAUGGAUUGGAAGGAAAGG